GGCGUGCUACCUAAUCACAACAACAACAACAACAAAUAUGGCGAACAGAACGGUGAAAGAUGCUCAUUCAAUUAAAGGCACAAAUCCCCAGUAUUUAAUUGAGAAGAUUAUUCGAACAAGAAUAUAUGAAUGUAGAUACUGGAAGGAAGACUGCUUCGCUCUUACAGCGGAACUUCUUGUUGACAAAGCCAUGGGCCUGAAGUAUGUCGGUGGAGUAUAUGGAGGCAACGUCAAGCCAGCACCAUUUCUGUGUUUAUUGCUCAAGAUGUUACAGAUCCAGCCAGAGAAAGAUAUCAUUGUAGAGUUUAUCAGAAAUGAAGACUUCAAAUAUGUUCGAGCUUUGGGAUCAUUGUAUAUGCGUUUAACAGGAUCUUCUAUAGACUGUUACAAAUACCUCGAACCUUUGUAUCUUGACUACAGAAAACUGAAAAGACAGAAGAAAGAUGGAUCUUUUGAAUUGAUUCAUAUGGAUGAAUACAUUGAUGACUUACUGAGAGAGGAACGCAGUUGUGAUAUCAUAUUACCGAGAAUCCAGAAACGAAUGGUGUUGGAGGAGAGUAACCUUCUAGACUCGAGAGUGAGUGCCCUUGAUGAAGAUCUGGAGGAUAUGGAAACAUCAGAUGAAGAGGAUAUAAUGGAUAUAUACAAAGAAGCGGAGAAAAAGCGUUCAAGUUACAGAGAGACCGAGAAGUCAGCUAGAAGUCCUUCACCAAAGUCAGGUAGAGCUGCAUCACCACAUCAUAGGGACCGAGGUAGAAAAAGAUCAAGGUCAAAAGAAAGGUCUGAUAAAGACAAGAAAACAGAUAAAAGGCACAAAGAUGAAGACCGAAAACAUCGUAGUCACAAAAGUGGUAAAGAACACCGUGAGAAAGAUCGUGGAGAAGACAGACAUAAGGACAGACACAGAGAUCGCCAUAGAGAUCAUGGUUCUCGCAACAUGUCAAAGGAUGAUCUUGAUAUACAAGAAGCAAAUGAACUUAGAGCAAAACUUGGAAUGGCCCCCUUGAGGCCUUAAGUGUGGAUUGAAAAUGUUAUGAAUGAAUUUUCUUUGCCUGAAAGAACUGCAUGUUUUUAAGACACAGACACAUUUAGUUUAUAUCAACGUCCCAGAAAUAAAAAGUUGUAUGUUAAAGGUAGUACUUUUGAGAAGACUGUAAAAGCUAAAUGUUUUUACAGAUUACUCAACGAAACUAUUCAUAUCUAUAUUGUAACAUUAUAACGAACGCUUUUGUCAUAUAUUUAAUUGAGUUUAUGAUUUUCAUUCGUCACUGUUAAAAGGUUAUAUCUGUUACUUACAGCCUAUUAACUAUAUAAUUUUUAGCUUGACUAUUUGAAGAAAUUGAAUAGGGGAGCUAUCCUACUCGCGUCGGCGUGAGCUGAGCAUGUUAGCGUUAGCAUCACACAAAUGUGAAAGUUUGCCUACCACCCCAAAAGUCCAUUGAGAUAUUGCUUUGAUAUUUUGCAUACUUGUUAACCAUCAUGACCCCAGUCUGUAAAAAGGAGCAGACAACUCUAUCAAGCAUUUUGACUGAAUUAUGGCCCGUUUUUGACUUAGAAUAUGCUUAUUGUAAUGUUAAAGUUUGCGUACCACCCCAAAUAUUUUCAAAAUCCAUUGAGAUAUUGCUUUCAUAUUUUGCAUACUUGUUUAUCAUCAUGACUCCAGUCUUUAAACAGGAGCAGAUGACUCUAUCGAGCAUUUUGACUGAAUUAUGGCCCCUUUUCAACUUAGAAUAUGCUUAUUGUAAUGUUAAAGUUUG